CACCGCUCUACUUUUUUGUUUCCAGUGCAUUUAUUAUUUACCAUAUAUACAAGCUCAUACACUCUACUCCGUUUUAUUUAUAUAACAAAACAACUACAAUUAGAAUUCGAAAAUGUCCACAUCAGUCAGACAGCGCGGCAGCAGUGGCAGCAAGGGCAAAGUGACCGCAAAGGUCGAAAAGACCGACAAGCCCGCCAAACAAACCAAGGCUGCCAACUCAGACUCCGAACUUAGCGGCUCCGACAACGGUGACUCUGACAACGGCGACUCCGACAACGGCAACUCAAGCGAUGCUAGCGACUAUGAUGACCUAGCCAAAGCGCGCAAACAAGCACACAAGGCGAUCGGCAGCCGAAAGAGAAAAACCGCAGAUGCCGAAGAGUUCUCCACCAUUCUCUCGUCUAUUCUCGGACAGGAUGCCAGAAACGAGAGCGCGCCGAUUAUGGCCAAGGAUAAGACACGCGAGAACCAGCUUAAAGAGGAGCUCUUGGAUUACCGCGCGCGCAAGGCUCUUGCUGCUGAGCGGCGCAUGCAGAGAGAUAAAGACAGGGUGGUUCCUUCUAUGGUUGGGUUUGAUUACGAGAGGAAGUUGAGGAAGGUUGCGACUAAGGGUGUCAUUAAGCUGUUCAAUGUCGUCAAGGCCCAGCAGACGGAGCUGACCGAGAUCAACAGUGUGCAGACCAUGGGCACCGAGAAGGUUGCGGAGAUGUCAAAGACAAAGUUCCUCGAUUUGCUUAAAACCAAGCCCAUUUCGGAGUAAUGAUUUCAACUUGCUGUUUUUUUUUGAAUAUAAUAUGUCAUUUUCGAUA